CUGCCGCCGCCGCCGCCUCCAUGUCGAGGCCGCCGCCCUCUUUCACGCCGCAAAACCCUACUCCCGCCCCCAACCCGGGCGGCCCCGCCUCCUCUUUCCCCGCCUCCUUCUCUAAUCUCCAGAUCUCCGGCGCUCCGCCGCCCUUCGCCUCCGCCGGGCCACCGGCAGGGAAUGGCCCCGCGCCUUCCUCGAUCCGAGGUCCGCAGGCACCCUUUCAUGGCGCCCGCCCGUUCGCUGGCAGUCCUUCGCCUCCGUUGCAGCCGGACCCGCCCUCCGCCCGACCGGCGCCAUCGGUCCAGCAGUCUCCUCCCUUUGGCGGUCCACCCGCCGUGCAGCCGCUGCAGCCGCCGCAGAGGCCUCCCUUCCAUGGCCCGUUGUCUGGGCCGCCGGCGCAGGUGCAACGAGCGCCAUUUAGAGGCCUGCCCGCGGCAUCCCAGCCUCCCCCGUUCGCUGGACCACCUGCGCAGCCUCCCCCUUUCGUAGCAACACCUCAAUUGCCACCAUAUUCAGCAGCUCAGCCACAACUAUUUGGCGGCCCAUCUGGGGGGGCAGUGCCUCCGCCAACCUACUCCAUGCCGCCCUUUGGGGGUCCACCGCAGCAGGGCCCUUAUGGUGGGCCGCCGCAGUUUGGCGGCCAGAGACCAGGAUCGCAGCCUCCGUCAUUUGGGGCUCAGACCGCACCUGCAUCUCAGCCACCAACAUUCAUGGGGGUUCCAGGGGCUAGUGCACCAGCAUUUGGGCCUCCAGGGUGGCAAGGGCAGCCACAACCAGGAGUCCUGCCUGGUGGUUUGCAGCCAUCCAUGAGAAUGCCUGUCAUGCCUGGUGGCAUGCAGCCCAUUGCAGGCCAAGGGAUACCGUCCACACCCACCAUGCCAUACUCACCCCAUGCUGGAGCCCAGGUGUCUACGCCAUCCAAAAUUGACCCUAACCAGAUUCCGCGUCCUAUUGCUGAGACAUCAGUCGUCAUUUUUGAGACCCGACAAGGUGGCCAAGCAGCUGUUCCACCGGCUGCAUCAAGUGAAUUUAUUGUGAAGGACACCGGCAACUGUAGUCCUCGUUUUAUGAGAUGCACCAUGAACCAGAUACCAUGUACAGGUGAUCUCGUGACAACAUCAGGAAUGCCAUUGGCUUUAAUGGUGCAACCUUUUGCUCUUCCUCAUCCUUCCGAGGAGCCUAUACAGCUUGUGGACUUCGGAGAGAUGGGCCCUAUCAGGUGUUCUCGCUGCAAAGCAUACAUAAAUCCUUUCAUGAGGUUUGUUGAUCAAGGAAAAAACUUCAUCUGUAACUUAUGUGGAUUUAGCAAUGAUACUCCAAGGGAGUACCUGUGCAACUUAGGGCCUGAUGGUAGGCGGCGUGAUGCUGAUGACAGGCCUGAGUUAUGCAGGGGAACAGUUGAAUUCAUUGCCAGCAAGGAGUUUCUGGUCCGGGAACCAAUGCCGGCUGUGUAUUUCUUCCUCGUUGAUGUCUCAAUGAAUGCUGUACAUACUGGUGCAACUGCUGCGGCUUGCAGUGCAAUAUCCCAGGCUCUUUCCGAUCUUCCUGAAGGUCCCCGAACUAUGGUUGGAAUUGCAACAUUUGAUUCUGCUAUUCACUUCUAUAGUCUGAAACGUGCUCAGCAACAGCCUUUGAUGCUUAUUGUUCCUGACAUCCAAGAUGUGUAUACUCCACUUCAGAUGGACUUAAUUCUCCCAGUUUCUGAGUGCCGUGAUAGUCUGGAGCAACUACUGGAGAGCAUCCCGAGCAUGUUUGAGAACAACAGGGUUGCUGAUUCAGCAUUUGGGGCAGCUAUGAAGGCAAGUUUCCUAGCUAUGAAGCCCACUGGUGGAAAGUUGCUUGUGUUUCAGUCAGUGCUACCAUCAGUUGGGACUGGCUCAUUAUCUGCCAGGGAAGCUGAAGGUAGAUCAAAUAUUUCCACUGGAGAUAAGGAAGCACAUAAGCUCCUGCAGCCUGUUGAUAAGACGCUCAAGACGAUGGCACUAGAAUUUGCUGAGUAUCAAGUUUGUGUAGAUGUGUUCCUUACCACACAGUCAUACACAGAUAUUGCUUCGAUAUCAGUUGUUCCCAGUACCACUGGUGGCCGGGUUUACUACUAUUUUCCAUUUUCUGCUCUUUCGGAUCCAGCCAAACUCUUCAAUGAUCUCAGAUGGAAUAUCAGUAGACCCCAGGGGUUUGAGGCUGUCAUGCGUGUCAGGUGCAGCCAGGGGCUUCAAGUUCAAGAUUAUUCUGGCAACUUCUGCAAGCGUGUUCCUACUGAUAUUGAUCUGCCUGCGAUUGACUCCGACAAAGCCAUAAUGGUUACCUUUAAGCAUGACGAUAAGUUUCAGGAGAAUUCAGAAUGUGCUUUUCAGUGCGCGCUUCUUUACACCACUGUGUAUGGGCAAAGAAGGAUACGGGUCAUAAAUAUCUCUCUCCCUUGCACAAGCAUGCUCAGCAACCUUUUCCGGUAUGCUGAUCUGGAAACGCAGUUUACAUAUAUUGUUAAGCAAGCUGCAAGUGGCAUUCCAACAAGUUCCCCAUCCCAAGUUAGGGACCAAGUAACAAGUACAUGCAUCAAUAUUCUCCAGUCCUACCGUAAAUAUUGUGCAUCUGUUAGUUCCUCCGGUCAGUUAAUUCUCCCAGAGGCUCUAAAACUCCUGCCUUUGUAUACUCUCGCCUUAAUUAAAAGCAUAGGACUGAGAAAUGAUGGGAGAAUAGAUGAUCGGUCUUAUUGGGUCUCUAUUGUCUCUUCAAUUUCUGUGUUUUUAGCUGUUCCAUUGGUGUUUCCUAGGAUGAUUGCGCUCCAUGAUCUUAUGUCAAGGGAUGAUGAAGAUUCCCUCAUUCCAAAUCACCUUACUCUCAAUAGUGAGAAUAUACAGGAUGAUGGUAUUUACUUACUGGAAAAUGGUGAGGAUGGUUUUAUUUAUGUUGGGAAUGCAGUUAACUCUGCCACCCUAGAGCAAAUAUUUGGUAGCUCAUCUUUGGCCGGAGUGCCAAAUCAGUUGGUAUUGGAGCAAUUUGAUAAUGAAUUAUCCAGGAAAGUAAAUGAAAUUGUGAAUGAAAUAAGGCGACAGAGAUGCUCUUACUUGAGAUUGAGGCUAUGCCAAAAGGGUGACCCAUCUGGAGAUUUCUUCCGUUCACUGCUGGUCGAGGACAAGGCACCCGGUGGUCUUUCCUAUGUAGAGUUCCUUGUACAUGUUCAUCGGCAAAUCCAGAGCAAGAUGACCUGACGUGACCUGCCUAAUUGCUGUGAUAUGGUUGGUACCAAUCCAGAAGAAUUGAUUUUCUCAUGUGGAUAUAUAGCAAAAAGGAAUGAAGCAGUUCCUCUCUGAAGCACAACCCCAUUGGUCUUUCGAGAGUUGCAUAUUUUCAGGAUUCCACAAUCUCUUCUUAUACAAAGUUGGUUUUGGUGUAGGCUAAUAUGCCUGUACAGGGAUGAGUCUGGCUUGAUGUAUUUAGAUUGUGAGAUUGUUUAUCUUCCCUUUGUGAACGACAUCUCUAUUAUGUUGAUAAAAGAAGCAUCCGAGAAUUCUAGAGGUCA